AUGGCACCGACGCAGGCCAAGUCAGGUCUCUUCGUCGGCAUAAACAAGGGACACGUCGUCACCAAGCGACAGCUGCCGCUUCGCCCCGUCCAAUCGCAAGGGGCAUCAUGGUCUUAUAUCUUUGUCAUGGCCCUUUUAUUUCAGAAAGCUACCAAGAGGGUGACAUUCGUUAGAAGCUUGAUUAGGGAGGUUGCUGGUUUUGCUCCCUAUGAGAAACGCAUCACUGAGCUUCUCAAGGUUGGGAAGGACAAGCGUGCACUCAAGGUGGCUAAGAGGAAGCUUGGUACUCACAAGAGAGCAAAGAAGAAGAGAGAGGAGAUGGCCAAUGUCGUCAGGAAGAUGAGUUGCGGGACCUUCUCUUUCCUGUUUUAUACUGUGCUUACUAUUUCAUUCUGUUUCAUCAUGAUGCAGUUUACUAUGUCUGGUGGUGGUGGUGGUGGUGGUGUUGCCGACAAGAAGAAAUAG